GAACUACUUUUUGAUGUUUUCUUACACUGUCAGCAAAUUUGCUUUGAUUGUGUUGUGAAGAUCAUAUUGAUGAUGCUAAAUAAUAAUAGUAUUUAUUGUAAUCUUAUAGAAUGCAAUGAAGGAUUCCAGGAUCGACCGUGCAAUGGGGGUCUGCAAGAAGCUCAUCAGCAGCUUUUCCUAUAGUUGGAAAAAAAGAGGGACCUUGCAGAGGCACAGAAGCUGCUGAAUCUGCCUGCACACUCCCUUAAAACGGAAUGUCCAACUAGAUGGGGAUCUAGGCAGGCCAUGAUCGACAGAGUCCUUGAGCAGCAGAAUGCUAUCGCCCAGGUCCUUUCUAGCGACCGAAAGUUCAGACAUCUUACACCCUCUUGGCAGGACAUUGGUGUACUGGAGGCCAUCAAAAAGUGUCUUAUCCCUCUGGUUGAAUUCACUGACGCACUUUCUGGAGAGAAAUAUAUAUAUGUGUGUCUUUUCUGAAACCAACCCUCCACCUCUUCAACAAUUCAGUAUUGGAAGUGCAGGAGGACGACACAGAGCUUGCUAAAAGCAUCAAACAGAAGAUAGUAGACUACCUCAAUGACAAAUACAGUGACCCAGCAACACAAGAGCUUCUCGACAUGGCCUCUGCCCUGGACCCAAGGUUCAAGCUAAAAUAUGUCAGUGAAGACAACCGAGGGUCUAUUGAAGACAAACUGACAGCGGAGAUGAAGAGUUUGAUAAAUGAAAUGAAGAAUGCCCCUCUUGAGACAGCAGCAAUGGCUCCUGAUGUUACAGAGGAUGCUGCUGCUCCAAAGAAAAAGAAGAAGGGACUGGGCAGCUUCUUCAAGGUCACCACAGACAAAACUGCAGGACCUCUUCUCCAACAGGAUCAUGCCAUUGCUCUUGAGCUACAGUUGUAUCUGCAGACAGAGACACUGGAUGCUGAGGAAGACCCACUGAAGUGGUGGAGAGAAUCUCAGAGGUUCUUCCCACGGCUUUCCAACCUGGCGAGGAAAUAUCUGUGUAUUCCAGCCACAAGUUUUUCUUCAGAGAGGGUCUUUAGCACUGGUGGAAAUAUUGUAUCCUGCUCGCGUUCAUCUCUGAAACCAGAUCAUGUAGACAGGCUGGUCUUUCUGGCUAAAAACCUUUAAGUGUUGUUUAUAUUUGUUAGUCUGACUCAUGUUAAACUUGUUUUAUGUUCGUUCUAAGCCAUUAUGGUGGGCCAGCCUUAAAUUGGAUUGAGUUACUGACUGGAAUUUGUUUGUUGAUUAUGUAAAAAGUUUUGAAAACCAGAUUAGGAUUUUUUCAGUUUGUUAUGGCACAUAUGCGAGCAAACGUAUUUAUACUUAUUUCAAUUUUUUUAUCUGUUACUAUAUAAAAGUGUUAUUUGUGUUUUUUGUGCUCUUUAUACAAUUAAUAUAUUAUGCAAGGAGAAUUCACUGUUUUGUUCAAUAAAUGCAACAUAUUUCCAAAAUCAAUGAGUAUUCAUAUAAAACAAUCGGGAUUUCAAUUAUGACCAAAAUAAUCGUGAUUAUGAUUUUCCCCAUA